CUCUCUCGCACUCGUAUAAUAUUUCUCUCUCUCUAAAAGGAGCUCCUAGUCUAGCGAAGAGAGAAAGGACUUUGCUCCCUCUCGUAUAAAAUAUUAUUCGAAAAUCUUCACGAAAAUUGAAUCUUUGCAGCCAUGAAAGCCCAGCUCUCCUGAUACAGGUUGGCUCUCGGCACUUGGGUUUUGACGGGUUUUUGGUUUUAUCAAUGGAGAUGGAUCUUGUUCAAGUGAAUCAUGAUUGGAGUUGCAUUGAAGAUGAGUCUUCUGAGCAAUCACUUUGUCCAGAGGCUCUUGGCAUAAGUGAUGCCUUCAGAGAUCCUGAGCUGCUUCCUCGCAUAGGUGAUCAAUACCAGGUUGAGAUUCCAUCUCUUAUGACACAAUCUGCCUACCUCUUGGUCACACAGAUGACAAAUGAUCCAACAAUCUUCCGUGGUACUUCCCAUGAUUUUUUAGUGGGAUUACCCAUAUCACUAAUGUGGAUCAAGGAGGAAGUCAAGAACAUGAAACAUGAACACCAAGAAUUUCCAGGUGAUUUGAAUGGCUUGUCAAGUAGAAACGAAUCCAUAAAACAUGAAAGCAUUACAGAGAUGCAGAUUUUUCCAGGAGGUGAGUUACAAGUUAAGAUUGAGCCUAUGGACAUUACACUCAAUGGGGUAGUAGAAGACAGAGAACCUGCAAAGUUAGGUAUGCAAGAAGAAAAAAAGAUUCAAAUGCAUCAGCAGCAUGGAGGCAAAGGCUACCUUAUGGUUCCUGGUUCUUUGGGUGUUGCAUGGAAUGAUUUUGAGGAGGCCAGUUUCCUUCUUGGUUUAUAUAUAUUUGGAAAGAAUCUUGUUCAAGUAAAGAAAUUUGUUGAGAGCAAAAAGAUGGGCGAUAUACUUUCAUUUUAUUAUGGGAAGUUUUAUAGGUCUGAAAGAUACAAUAGAUGGUCAGAAUGCCGGAAAAUAAGAAGUAGAAAAUGCAUAUUUGGACAAAGGAUUUUUACAGGAUCCACUCAACAAGAAUUGCUAUCUCGUUUGUUUUUAAAUGUCUCAGAGGAAUGCAAAAAUACUUUAAUUGAGGUUUCUAAGACAUUUGGAGAGGGGAAAAUUUUGCUAGAAGAAUAUGUAUCAACCUUAAAAGCUACAGUUGGAUUGAACACCUUUGUUGAGGCUGUGGGAAUUGGCAAAGGGAAGCAAGACCUGACAGGCAUAGUGAUGGAGCCUCUUAAGUCAAAUCAAGGUGCUUCUGUUCGUCCAGAAAUACCAGUUGGCAAAGCUUGCUCCACCCUUACACCCUUGGAAAUUGUUAACUUCCUAACUGGAGGUUAUCGAUUAAGCAAAGCCCGAUCAAAUGAUCUUUUCUGGGAGGCUGUUUGGCCUCGUUUACUUGCAAGAGGGUGGCAUUCUGAGCAGCCCAAUGAUCAUGGUUUUGCUGCUGCUUCCAGGCAUUAUCUGGUCUUUCUAAUCCCUGGCAUCAAGAAAUUUUCAAGAAGGAAACUAGUGAAAGGAAACCACUAUUUUGAUUCUGUUACUGAUGUCCUGAAUAAAGUUGCUUCAGAUCCAGCUCUUCUUGAGCUUGAUGUUGAAACAGACAAAGGCUAUGGUGACAAGGAAGAAAAUGGGUGGACCAAUGAUAAAAUUCUGGACCAACAAGAUUUUCCUGAUCAGCAACGGCAUUGUUAUCUCAAGCCGCGAACUCCUAGCUGCAGUGCAGAAGUCAUGAAAUUCACUGUUGUUGAUACAAGUCUGGCUAAUGGGGAAACAACCAAAGUCAGAGAAUUGAGAAGCUUACCAGUUGAAAUGAUAAACAUUUCCACCUUCAGAAAUGAUUCUGAAGAAAGUGAUGAAGAUUCUUUUGAGGAUUCAAUAAAUGAAUCUGAUUCUUCUGAUAACUUGUGUUCUGAUCAUAAUAAGACUGAUAUUUCAAAAUCUGCAAAGAUCAAUGUUGACAAGGGAGAUUCAUCUGGCAGGGAAAAUUUUGAAAACAAUGCUUUAAUUCAGUGUUCCCCUAUAAUUGAUUCAGGUUUCACCAAGGUUCCAGUCAAAAUCCCUAAGGAUCAGAACGCUAGCAAGUAUGGUGACAUGCAACCAAGUAAGCAUAUCAAGGGUCAUGCAAUAAAGAGAACAAAACCUGCAGAUAGGAAUGUUUUAGCCCCUGUUGCAAAACGACGGCGAAGAUUAACUGCAUGUGAGCGCACAGCGACAAGCUGUGGUACAGUCAAUGUCUCAGUUGAUCCCAGCUUAGAACAAGAUGAAGUUGGUUGUACUUCAGGAAAUCUGGACUCGCGAGAGAAUAUUCUCUCUCAUCAGGAUUCACAUCAGGCAAAGUUGUCAUCCACCAGUUCUUCAUCCAGGGGCAGCCCUAAUAUUGCAGAUGAAUGCAAUCUAAGUAGCAACUCACCUUUUGCUGGACAUCCUAAUGAGAAAUCUCAGUCUCGGACAUUGAUUGACCUGAACAUACCCAUCCCGCAAGAUGCGGAGACUGAACCUUUAAUGAUGGAAAUGAUAGAAAGACAGCAUAAUCAAGCAAGUGCACAGGCAGAGGAUUCUGUUGUGCUGAAAACUUCCACAUCAGUAUGUGAUUCUACUUCUGAGCAACCUUCUGGCAUCAAUUCUCGUAGACAAAGCACAAGAAACCGACCACUGACCACCAAAGCAUUGGAAGCUCUUGCUUGUGGAUUUUUAAGCAUAAAGCCGAAGCGGAGGAGGGAUGAUUUUUCAAUAGAGAACUCAAUAUCAAGGCCUUCACGACGUGCUCGCAGUAAGGUGAGAGUUACUGAAAACUUCGGAGCUGAUGUAAUGGAUUUCAAAGGAGACGAAAGAGCAAAUGGUGUAUGUACGAGUAGUAGUGACAUGUUCAAUGAGCUUCAUGUUUAGUUUGGGGGGUCCUAAUUUUAGGAUCCAACAUUGGUUGGAUGCUGAUUUACCAACUUGUAAAAUAAGAACAGGGCUUUCAGUGCCUUUUAUAUGGUAAUCAGCUCUGGAAGAAUGAGCAAGUCUUUGCUGCUGAAGUGUCUGUAACAUGAAUAGUAUAGCAAUCCUUUCUUUUUUAGCUUCCGACUGCUGCCGCAUACAUGGCCUCACCUGCUAACUUCAUGAGGCUGUCUAUAUUAGGCAAAGCGCCAUCCGAGGUACUCAACAUCAUUUAGAGAAGAUGGAGGGAGUAGUUGCUUGCCAGUUAAAUAUUUUUUGUUCAACAUGAUUGGACAGAAUAAAUAAUUCAUUAUUUCUGUCUCUCCUUGUCCUGGAUUUUCAUACUUUCACGUUGUUGUUGAAUAGUAAGUUGAAAUUUGACAGUGAAAGGUUGCAGUAGCUCCUGCUAAAUUUAGGAGAUUGUUGAUGUUGAUAAAGAUUCUGGGGGCAUUCAGCUGGUUCAUAGAAGCCAAGUCCACGAAUCUGAAUAAUACCUGUGAUUUUCCUUUUUGUGUUGGUUUUGAUUUGAAGUCAUUUAUGGUGAACUGAAAUGUCUGCAUUUUUGCUGUUAUUUCCUGUUAUUGGUUGCAUCCUCACUGAAAUUUUUUAAAUAUAGUGAUUGAGGUUUGAACCUUAAUAAUUUCCCUAA